AUGUCGGACACGGCAUCCAACUAUCGUACAUCGACCUCGUUCACAACCAUGCCCCCGGUGCUGACCGAAAGCCAGAAAGGUUCGGUGGAAGACAUCCAGAUCUCGUUGGCACCGUACAUCCAGUCCUAUCUGAGCCAAACCGGGCGCCGCCAUUCGUGCUGCAGCGUCAUGUUGCCGGUUGCGUUUGAACGGGCCGCUCCCCGGUCCUGGUUCGAUCCCCGUUUCGAUUCACCCGUGCUCGAGGGCCAGUAUCAGGCCAGCGUGUUUCCCCAGCUGCGCCUCAAAUUUCGCUUCGCAUUAUUCUACAUCCUGCUCUGCUCGCUCGUCUGGCUGCUGUACUUCCUGUUUGGCGGUGGCCCGACCAGCUUCACACUGCUGACCGUCUCGAUCGGGCUUAUCUUUCUGUUCGCGCUCGUCGGCCUGUGGGUAACGCGGACCGACCUCUACCGGGCGCACACGAACCUGAUCUCAUCCUUCUGUGCCAUCCUGCUGUGCAUGUUUUCGCUCUUUCUGCUGCUGCUGACCCGCGAAGCGCUCAGCCCGCUCGGUCACUUUUCCAUCUGCAUCGAGAUCGUAAUGCUCAUCUACACCAUCAUACCGCUACCCCUGUGGCUCUGCUGCACCAUCACCAUGGCGUACUCGGUUUGCUUCGAGGUGCUCUCGUUUCUUCACCAGACGCACUACGACUACAAUUCGCGCCCGGGUGGCCAACCGACGGUGACACCGCUUGCGACCGCCACCGCCACCAUCAGCCAGACCGUGGCCCGGUUGCUGACCGAAGAAGGUGCAGCGGGCAGUGUGACGGCGAGUGGCGGCAACGAUUACCAACAGUCGGGUGACUCGUUCGUGUACAAGAUCGUGCUGAUCAGGGUGCUGAUACAGCUGUGCGUACAUCUGAUCGGCAUCCAAAUACUGAUCAUGACGGUCGUGCGGAUGCGCGGCACCUUCAUGAAGGUUGGCCAGAAUCUGCUGGUACGGCGGCAGCUCGAGAUGGAGAAGCAGCUAAAGGAGAAGAUGAUCCACUCGAUGAUGCCACCGAAGGUGGCGGACCUGCUCCUAAAGGAGAGUGGCAGCGUGCCGAAAGGUACCAGCUUCGAUCAGUAUCCCGCGUCUGCACAAACGGCCGCCCGGCGCACGACACCGUCCGAUCUAAAAUCCCUAUUUCGCCCAUUUCACAUGAACCGGAUGGAGAACGUGAGCAUACUGUUUGCCGACAUCGUCGGCUUCACGCGCAUGUCCUCGACGAAAACAGCCGAACAGCUGGUGGAGAUACUGAACGAUCUGUUCGAACGGUUCGAUGAUCUGUGCUUGCUGAAUGGAUGCGAGAAGAUAUCGACCCUCGGCGAUUGUUACUACUGUGUGUCGGGAUGUCCGGAACCGCGCCCAGACCAUGCCAUUUGCUGUGUCGAGAUGGGACUCGGGAUGAUCGAAUCGAUCCGGGUGUUUGAUGCGCAACGGAACGAAGGUAUCAAGAUGCGGGUCGGUGUGCACACGGGUACGGUACUGUGCGGUAUUGUCGGUACGAAGCGGGUCAAGUUUGAUGUGUGGAGCAAUGAUGUAACGCUAGCUAAUCGCAUGGAAUCCAGUGGAAAACCGGAUCAAGUGCACGUAUCGGAGGAAACUUGCGGCUUUUUGGGUGAUUCUUACAUCAUCGAGGAAGGCGAAGAAGUGGAUGGACACCGUACGUACUUCGUAUUAGGCAAAAAGCUAGAUCUCGUCGGCUCGAUAACGGAAGGCCUAUCCAGCAUUGGGUUACCGGUCGAUCUGAAUCUGCUCGGUGCCUCAUCCUCCCCACUGGACGAGCUGCCGUACGCGACGAGCGAAGAAAAUCCGGAAAGUUCCUGCCUUUCCCGCAGUGCCACCAACCUGUCCGGCAUACAGCCAACCGUACCACCUGCCUCACCAGCCGGGCCAGUGUUUUUCUCCUCGCUGCACGCAUCGCCCGUCUCGACGCCACGGCCCCGUAUUGCAUCGCUAACGAAAAUGACCAAGUUUCUGCGGUCGGCGGUGAAGGGUGAUGCGGGUCGAUUGCUCAACCCGAUGUCCCAUGCGAGUGUGCCGGUUGAGAAGCCAAAAAUUAUCAUCAGCACCAAAUCGAUCUCAAACGGUUUCGAGUCGGAGGAGGAUGAGGAUGGCGAGAUGCUGACGGAGGCGGUUGGGAAGGGUGGUAGACGUGUGGCACGUUCGCUGGCGGCUAGUCCCAGACAGACGACGACGGUCGGGAUGCUGAACGAGCGUGGUGGACCGCAGCAACACCCCGCACAGCGUAAAGCUGGCAAAGCGUGGAAGCGCGAGGACGCGACACACACUGCACCGGAGUGUAGUAGAAUCUGUGAUAGUAGUAAGAGCUGUGACGAAGAUGUGCCAUGUAUUGAGAGACGAUGCAGCAGCACGCGCACCAACACCGGUAUCAGUGUUGGUGGUAGUGGUGGUAGCAACAGUAGCAAUAGCAAUAAUCCGAACAUCACCAACGGUUGUUACCAGCAUGUGCCGAUCGUGAUAGUCACACCACGCCCCAGUUGCUAUACACUGGACGUAGCGAGUGGUGGGACGGCGUGCAGCAGUAGUAUUAGCAACACAGCACCACCACCACCACCACCACCCCCUGCCACGACCAGUACGAUGGCGAGUCGAAACAGCCGGCCAGUUUUGUCCGACGGCCGUGAAAACACGCACACCAGCCAAAGUUCCGUGUUCGACGAGAUAAUCGAUGUCCGUUCGUACAUAUCGCAAUCCCGCAGCGAUAUUUCGCCAUUUGCACGUACCGGGAGCUACCGCUCACAGGCGGACCGAUCAUCAAUUAUCCACGAGAUUGCCCUGUCGGCAGGUGUGGCCGGAAGUAGCAACAGUGGUUCGUUUAGUCGGCCCCGUAGCUCCACCAUCACCACCACACACCACGCAUGCAACGAAGCACACUUGCAGCAACACGUGCAGCAGCACGUGCGCCACGGAUCGGUCGUAGUAUGCCCAAGCGCUCGGUUACUCGGUGCGGACGGUGCAAGCCUUUCGCCGUCCGCCACAUCACGGAAAGAUUCCGGCAUACGCUCAAACAGUCGCCGAUCCAGCAUCCAGCAUCAGCUAAUGCUGAUGAGCCAAACGGUUGCACUCUCCGUGCACCGUGUGUCCGGCUACUUUACCAGCUCACAGUCUAGCCUGUCCGGUGCGAUCGUUACGUCCGCCACCGGUGAACCAGCAGCCCAGAAACCGACCGGAAGUAUGCGCCUAACCGGACCGCCACCAGGAUCUAAAUGUUGCGUCGGCAUCAAGGAACCACAUCCGGAUCCACUAGCCGCCUGUCUACAGCAGCUACGUAAACAAUCUGACCUACAGCUAAUACGCUGCGUCCGGGACAAUGCCCGAUCGCAGCGCAGUUAUCUGGUAAAGCCACCACUGUUGCCCAUUUCGCUACGCUUUAAAUCACGCCCAAUGGAGCAAGAGUUUCGCUCGAAAGCGCACCGAUUCGGGAGUGAAAAUGGCGAACUGGAGGGCUCCGGUCCGCCAACACUUGCCACCCCCAAGUACAACACGUACAUUGACAUGCUCGUCUCGUUUGCGGUAUACCUGGCAACCUCCACAUCACUCUUCCUGCUCUCACCCUCAGUCUAUCUCGAGUCGUACAAAGUGUGGGUGUGCAUCUUUGUCUUCUUCAGUACGGUUCAGCUGUUUGCGCUGUUCAUCUGCACCAAGCAGGUGUGCCGACGUACCCGUAAACCUACCGUGCGUCGAUCACGCCCAAUGGCGAGCCGUAGCUGCUACGAUUGCUUACUACAGCUCGCCUCCAACUGGUAUCCGUGGCAUAUCUGCGGUGGGAUCCUAAUGUCACUACCCGUCAUCUCCAUACUGUCCAACUUUGCCAUGAUGGAUGUGACCAAGUUUCGCGUGUUUGAGUUCCACUACGGGUUUCUGAUGUACAUCUGCAUCGUGCACUUUUGCAACUUUACGCAACUUAACUGGUGGAUGCGGAACGCGAUGGCGUGCCUAACGUCGGCCAUAUUUGUGGGUAUUGCGGUUGGGCAUAUGGUAGAGUUGCAGGCGCUCGAGGUAGCGGUUGGUGUGGCGGCGAACGGUACAACCAACCUGGCAGGCGGUGUCGGUGAUGAGCGUAGCAACGAGAUGCUGCACCGUGCCCAGUUCGAUUGGUUCAACAACUAUCGGGUGGAGAUAUACGUCGAUCUGUUGCUGCUGCUCGUGCUGGUGUGGUUUUUGAACCGCGAGUUCGAGAUUGGCUACCGGUUAAGCUUUCACGGGAGUGCGGUCGCAAACCAGGACAAGAUCCGGGUGCAAAACAUGAAAAAUCAAGCCGACAUGUUGUUGCACAACAUUAUCCCAAAGCACGUGGCGGAGCAGUUGAAAAAUACGGCCAAAUAUUCCGAGAACCAUCACAACAUUGGCAUCAUCUUUGCUAGCAUCGUCAACUUUAACGAGAUGUACGACGAAUCGUACCUGGGCGGGAAGGAAUAUCUGCGCGUGCUGAACGAGCUGAUCGGCGAUUUUGAUGAGCUGCUGGCGAGACCCGAAUUUCGGUGCGUGGAAAAGAUCAAAACGAUCGGCAGCACGUUUAUGGCGGCGUCCGGGCUUGAUCCGGGCAGUCGCGGUGAAAACUGCGAACAUCUGUACACGCUGCUAGACUUUGCGCUAGCGAUGCAACAGGUGGUGGAAUCGUUCAAUCGGGAUCUGCUCGAGUUUAAUCUGAUUAUGCGCGUCGGCUACAACUUUGGCGAUGUGACGGCGGGUGUGAUUGGGACGAGCAAGCUGUACUACGAUAUUUGGGGCGAUGCGGUAAAUGUGGCGAGCCGGAUGGACACGACCGGGGUGGCCGGGCGGGUGCAGGUUGGCAGUGAGUGUGUACCUGUGCUGGGCGAACGGUACGAUUUUGAGCCGCGCGGCAAGGUGUACGUGAAGGGUAAGGACCAUAUGGAAGUGUACCUGCUGGUUGGCAAAAAACCGGACCUACUGGGACCACCAGAACUAGAUAUAGAUCCCGUAUAGAGGAUAGGGUAGACAAAUGGAA